GCCCCGCAGCGGCCGUCUGCUAGCGAUUAUUGACAGCUGAAACUGUCAACAUCGUGAAUUCAUUCCGCAUAAACACAAGCCACGGUCGCCUGGCUACCAUUCACGAUCACGCCGAAACGCGAAUAGCACGUGGCGGUCUAUUUAUAACACGAUAGCAGUUUCCAAAAUAUAACAAAACGCAGGCAGUGAUCGCGCCCACAUGGACUGUAUUGCCCGCGUAGAACUUCCAUAAAUGUUUAUUUCAAAAAAUUGUGUGAAUACAAACAAUGGUCUUCGGCCGCAAGUGGAGGGAAUAUGCGACAGCACUGAGUGCGACCUUGAUCACGGCGGCGGCGGGAACUACAGUGGGAUGGACAUCACCUACACUCCCGAAACUACAGGACAAAGACUCUCUUAUUCCAACAACGCCGGAUCAGAGUUCAUGGAUUGCCUCUCUAAUGAUAUUAAGUUCAGCAUUAAGCCCCAUCCCGGCAUCGUACCUCGCAGACAGAAUUGGCACGAAAAAGACGUUGCUUCUCGCCGCAAUUCCUUACAUCCUGGGCUGGAUCCUGGUGAUGCUCGCGACCAACGUCCCUACAAUAUACGCAGCUCGGCUCAUAUCGGGUUUAGGUUACGGCAUCGCGUACACAACAGCUCCUAUGUACCUCGGUGAAAUUGCAUCGAAUGAAGUGCGAGGGGCUAUGGCUACCCUCAUCACAGUAAUGUCUAAGUUUGGGAUCCUGUCACAAUACUGCAUAGGUCCCUACGUAUCUAUGCUAGGACUGGCGAGUUUCAACAUCGCCAUACCAAUACUGUUCGUCGUAACUUUUAGUGCUAUGCCGGAGUCGCCUUACUAUUACCUCAAAUCCGGACAAUCACAUUUAGCUGAAAGAUCUCUGAAAAAGCUUCGAGGCCGUGAUUACAUGAUGGAAGAAUUAGACAGUAUGACUCACCUUGUCAAUGAGAAUAUGAAGGAAAAGAGUCGUUGGAAGGAUCUUGUCACAGUAGGUGGUAAUAAAAGAGGACUGAUAAUUUUGCUAGGAAUAUAUUUCACCCAGCAAUUUUGUGGCAGUACCGCGAUAAUAUCAUACGCGGAACAAAUAUUUGGAGCUGCAGAAGGCGGUUUAGGCGCUCGGGAAUCGUGUAUAGUGGUUGGUUCGGUCCAAUUACUAACUUCCGCAAUUUCAUCACAAUUAGUUGAUAGAUUAGGAAGAAAACCUUUACUUUUAGUUUCAUCGUGCGGCGUUGGAUUAGCUAAUGUUAUUAUAGGAGCAUACUUUUUCAUGAAAUAUGCAAACAGCGAAUACAUUGUUAACUUAAAAUUCAUUCCUGUUGUUGUUAUACCAAUAUUCAUAUUUUCCUACACUAUAGGCCUAGCGACAGUUCCGUUUGCCAUAACAUCAGAAAUAUUUCCGACUCACAUAAAAUCAAAGGCCACUUGUAUAAUUCAAAUAUGUGUUGCCUUAAUGACAUUCGCCGUUACUAAGUUAUAUCAAGUGAUCGCGGAUAACUUAGGUACAUAUGUCGCAUUCUGGAGUUUCGCCUUGCUGUCGGUCGGUGGCGUUAUAUUUAUAUUAAUGCUACUUCCUGAAACUAAAGGUCAAUCGUUCGCUGCCAUUCAAGAGAGGUUAUACUGUAGCGAUAAAGUAGUGUAUGAAAAGAGGGACGGUGGUGUGGCAAGGGUACGGAUAAAUUUAUGAAACUCACAAUUCGAAGGUGCUAUACCUGUACUUAAUAUUUCCGUCCUUUUUAUAAAUAAAGCAUUCCGCAGAUAUUUACACAUAUAAUGCUACCUUGUAUCAUACCGUAUAGACCUUGACUACCUUAUUUAAAAUUUAUCUCAAAUAGGAUAUUGUGAUAACCUACUCGAUAAUAAUCUUGUCCUCGAACUAGAUAGUUAUAGGUAAAUGAUAAUUCCUUAAAUUUGUUCCAAAACAUCUCAGUAUAUCAAUAUUUAUACAGAAACUGGUCCUUUUUAAGUAUUUCUUUGGAUUACUUGGAGUAAUGUUUUGGGUGUAAGAAAUAAUUUUGUGAUAACACUUAAAUUGUAUAUGCCUGAUACUGUAAUUAUUAAACAUCCCAAUAUUAUUAUUAUUAAUAAACUAAAAGGGUCCAAGAUAUUAGGAAUUGAAAAAUGAGAAUCAUUAUUUGUUAUUGUAAUUGUUAUAUUAACUUUAAGAUAAAUAUUUUCUGAAAAUAUAUGAGAUGUAUCAGUAAAUAUUUAGGCAUAAUCUGUACAAUUAAGUUCUUAAUUUUUGUAAGAAAAGCUUUAAUACCAAAAUAUAUAUUUAACAAGAUCUUCCGUUGAAAGGUGACAAAGUAAAGUUAAAACAUAUUGAUAAUUAAGAGCCUUUCAAUCGAUUGUAUUAUUCCGAAUUAAUAUUUGUAGAUUAUCUAGUUAUGUAACAAAAAACCCAAAUAUUAUUUAAUAUAUAGUAAGUAUAUGUUUAAACAAUAUUAUAUGUUUAUGAAAAAAUGAGUAUGCAAACAAAAUGUUAUUUUGUUACUAAACUAUUGUAUGAUAUAUAGAUAUGUAAUUAUUUUAUUAAACAGGCACCAAAGGUAUUUAUAGAAACUCUUAUGUUUUUACGCCUUUAAUAGCUCAACUUAUUCAGAUAUAGCCGGUUAUAACGACCACAGACUUAUAACUUUAUAUGUCUUUCAAACACUGUUUAAUAAUUAGAAAACUAACAAAAUAUAUAUAAACAACCUUUAUAAAGUAUUAGGAAUCUAAUCCAGACUUUUAAGCUAAACAUCAUCUGUUGGUCUCAUUAUGUUAUAACUGGUUUUGUCUGUAAUUGUAUUGUGAUCCUAUUUACAUUCCUAGUGCCUUAAAUAUUGAGUGCCAUUUUCAUCUGUGCAAACUGAUCUGAAAAAAUGGAUCGUAGAAUUAAGAGAAAUUAUAUAUUGUGAUUGUUAA